AUGUCAAACCCUAUCCCUUCCGUUGAGCGGGAGGAUGGUAGUCCCAUGCCAGGCUCUUUUGAAGCCAUGCAAGAAGAUGACGAGCGCUGGAGAGCACCUCGUCGAUACAGGGCGCCCUUAAUCCACCGACACGGAUCGAGGCAACCGCCCAUGCACGGACCGGACGAUCUGGAGCCGCCUUCCCCGCAAGGUUAUAUUCCUCCAGAAAUGGAGGAAUCCUGGCCAUCGAGGUCACCUCACCGUACGAGGAGAGAACACUCCUCUGGACGAGUGCCCCGUGUCCCAACGCAUGUGCCUGUGACUGGUUCGCAGGACAUGUCCAUGCACGAAGAGAGACAUAUCCCGGAGAAUGCGGUGAUGAUCGCUGCUAGUAGUAAGGCUGACUCCGAGGCAGGCGACAUGGAGGAAGCAGAGAGCAGAGAGAUGGGUUCGCCUUUGGCCGCUCCAGUGCCUACCGCAAUGACUGGUCCCAUAAUGGACUCUAUGGACGCUGCUGAGGCUGCACACCUUGAAGGGACCCAGCCCACAGUAUUAAUGCCGGAUGUCCCGCCUGUGCUGGAAGGAUUAAUGCCAGACGGCAUUUCAAGCAGAGCACCAAAGACAGCAAGACUAGGUUCGCCUACUAUGAAUGAGAUCCACACCAGCCAAGCCAUCACCGAAGAGGAUAUGACGCCGAAUAUAAUUCCUCGAAAUAUCACCACCAGGACGACUACCGAAGACGUCGCCACCGACAUGACGAUCGCUACGACGACGACGAUAGAUGGAAUGAUUACGGGCGAACAGGCUCGUACAGUUCGCGAGCACCACAACACAUGCAUCCAGGUGAUGAUUUUCGGCGACAACCAUCGUAAGCAGUUUUAG